AUGCUGCAGAAGGCGCCGGAACUCAUCGAGGCUGAGAUCAACGACUUCCAGGAGAUGGACAAGAAGGGCAAGCUGACCAAAUGGAAGAAAGACAAGAUGACGCGCGAGAUUGCAUUUUAUGGUCGCUUGAAGAACCAGGUGGAGCAGAACAACAGCAAGCGCAUGGAAGAUCAAGCAGGGGAUCAGUUCUUCGUGGACUUCGACGAGCUGAAGAUUCAUCGCAAAGCGCCCGGGGGCCCCGUGAAGAAUCCCUAUGGCGCGCCGCCGCAGGGACAAGUCUUAAUGUACCGCCAUCCAGACGGUUCAGUGAAGCGAGAACCUCCACCUUUGCCGUCGGGAGUCUCUGCCUCGCAGUUGACCCAGGGCUUAGUGCCAGGUCACGGUGACAUGGUACUGCCACACCAGCGGCCGAUGGAAGACGACGAGGACGGCGGCGAAUCGGGAGAAUCCGAAGAUGAAGAGGAUGAUGAGGAAGAUGAUGAGCCCAUGCUACCCUCGCAGCUGCCUGAUGGAACGGUGCUGCCAGCCUCUUCCGAGCCCUCUGCUCCCAGUGCCCCGCUACCGCCCGGACCACCGCCUGGGCCGGGCUUGCCACCGCUGCCGCCGGGACCACCGCCUCUGGCAGCGUUACCGCCCAUGCCACCAGGACCCCCACCCGGUUGUGGCGGUUUGCCAUGUGGCAUCUCUGGCGUGGCCCUCCUAUGA